CUGGCCGUCGGGGAAGCUCUGGGGGCAUUCCUCCUGCAACCCUCGAAAAUGGCCUCAAGCAGAAUCGUUGCACAGCUGCGGCCGGCCGCCAAUGCCUUUGGGAUACGUUUAUUUGGGCUUGCAAAUGCGCAGAGGCUCCAGCACGCGGCGCGCAUUGCAGCUGGCCCAGCGAUGGCAACCCGCCAGCUGCAGCAGUCCGUUCGCUGCGCCUCGUCCGCCGCCGCUGUAGAGAAGCCGGCGCGAACGGGCCUGUAUGAGCUUCACAGCAAGCACGGAGCCAAGUUCGUGCCCUUUGGCGGCUACGAGAUGCCGGUGCAGUACAGCGACCUGAGCAUCAUCGAGUCGCACAAGUGGACCCGCGAGAAAGCCAGUCUCUUCGACGUGGGACACAUGGUCCAGCACCACUUCUCAGGCCCUGGCGCCGAAGCGUUCCUCGAGAGCAUCACUCCCUCCUCCAUCUCCACGCUGCCUCCGAACCAGUCGACCCUCUCGACCUUGCUACACCCCGAGACCGGCGGCAUCGUCGACGAUACCGUCAUUGCGCGCCUGCCAGACAGGUUCUACGUCGUCACCAAUGCCGGCUGCCGCGAGAAGGACAAAGCCUACUUGGCUGAACAGCUCGAGUCGUGGCAGAAGCAGAACCCUGACCAGGCAGUCGAGUGGAACAUCCUCGACGGCCAGGGCUUGGUUGCUCUCCAAGGUCCCCUUUCCGCCGAUAUCCUUUCCCGCGUGCUUGCAGACGAGUCUCGCCUGACCUUGAAGGCAUUGUACUUCGGCCAGUGCAUCCCGGCAACCAUCAAGGGCACAGAUGUCGAGGUGCUCGUAAGCCGCGCAGGCUACACUGGAGAGGAUGGCUUUGAGAUCAGCAUUCCCUCCUCCGCCACCGAGGCAGUCACCCAGUUCCUCCUCGACAACGCAAAGGACGAGCUGCGCUUUGCCGGCCUCGGUGCGCGCGACACGCUCCGUCUCGAGGCCGGCAUGUGCCUCUACGGCCAUGAUUUGGACGACACUACGACUCCUGUCGAAGCCGCGCUGUCCUGGAUCAUUGGAAAAGAUCGCCGCGCAAAGGGCGGCUUCCACGGAGACUCUGUCAUCCUGCAGCAACUGAAGAAGAAGUCUGAGGGCGGCGGCGUGUCGCGACGUCGUAUUGGCCUCAUUGUCGAGGGCUCACCGGCACGUGAAGGCGCUGAGAUUGUCAGCGAGUCCGGCGAGAAGAUCGGCGUCAUCACCUCUGGUUGCCCCUCGCCCACGCUGAAGAAGAACAUAUCCAUGGGCUAUAUCAAGGACGGCCUGCACAAGGCCGGGACCGAAGUUCAAGUAGUCGUGCGAGGUAAGAAUAGGAAGGCUGUGGUGACCAAGAUGCCUUUCGUUCCUAGCAAGUACUUCAAGCAGCCCACGACGGCCAAGGCCUAGGCAAGUAGCAUGGUCAAUCAGGGUCCCUAUAC